GUUGUAUCGUAUCCAAAGAGAUUUUCACGGGGGGAACGUCUCUUGGAACCGGACGAUCGCAGAGAUACAUGAAAUGUGGACACUGGUAGCCGAUCGGUCGGUGGAGCGUACUAUACGCGUGUAAACACACAAUGGACAUGGUCGUCGUCCCAUGCACAAAGGACGGAUAGAAAGCAGUGAGUGAGUGAGUGGAGUAUAGUGUCCAAGAUGGCGGAAUCAAGCUAUUAUCAGGGCGAUUACAUCAGGCACCCGGUUCUUUACGAACUGUCGAGCAAGUAUGGAGUGGCUGGCAGUGACCAGGUGCCCUUGCCGGCUCGUCUCGACGAGCUCCGGGAGCACAUACGCCGAGAAAUACGCAAGGAGUUGAAAAUAAAGGCAGGCGCCGAGAAGCUGAGGGAAGUCGCGACCGAUCGUAAAGCGCUCUCGGACGUGGCGACGAUCGUGAAAAAGGCGAACAGCAAGCUGAACGAGCUCCAGGCGGAGCUUCAGCAGCUCGAGAGUCAAAUUAUAUUGACGCAGGGCCAGCCCCAGUCGCCCCAGCAAAAUCACUCGAACGGUCAAGACACGCCUCUGUCACCAAUGGGGCCGUCGUCGCCGAGUCAGGAGGGUCUAUUCACGGAUCUUCGUCUUUUGUCCUUGGAGAAGCAGCUCAAUAUCGAACUCAAGGUGAAACAAGGGGCGGAGAACAUGAUCCAGAGUUUGACGAGCGGCAGGGAUAAGAAGCUGCUGCAGGAAGCUCAGCAGAUGCUCGACGAUUCCCGCGCGAAAAUCGAGUUCCUACGUAUGCGGAUAAUGAAGGUGCGUCAGGCGCGUCAGCAGCAGCAACGUGGGGACGCACCACCGCCGAAUGGCGAGACAACUAGCAAUAAAGAUAAGUACGAGCCCAGCCUGGAGCUAGCGUUAGAGGAGAGGGUGGAGGAGCUGCGACACCGUUUACGAAUCGAAGCCGCGGUGGUGGAAGGGGCGAAGAACGUUAUACGUCUUCUGCAGAGUGCCAAAGUCGCUGAUAAGAAGGCCUUAACGGAGGCUCAGGCGAGUCUCGCAGAAUCGAGUAGAAAGCUGGACCUAUUGAGAUUAUCCCUUGAACUUAGAAGGCAAGAGUUACCACCCGACAGUGGUACCGCUGCUCAAUUGAAGAGGGAAUUGGCUAGCGUGCAGUCAGCCAGUCCUGUCCCUGUGACAUACACUUCCUUGCAACCGUUUCGUGGUCCUCUGGAGGGCAGAGCCACUGUGCCUGCUUCUGUAUCAAGAUGCGCAGCUGUUACUGGACAGUUAGAGGUGAGGCUGAUGGGGUGUCAAGACUUGGCAGAAGAAGUGCCUGGACGUACCAGAAGAGAGCACCCAGCGAGUCCAGAUUUGCGUAGUUUUGUGAAAGGUGUCACUGGACGUAGUUCGAGCAAAUCGUACAGCGUUAAAGACGAAACAAGUAAUGAUAUUAUGGCGGUUAUUAAACUGGACAACCAAACGGUAGCACAGACUAGUUGGCGACCGUGUUCUCAGCAGGCUUGGGAUCAAAGGUUUUCCAUCGAACUAGACAAAUCAAGGGAGCUUGAGAUAGGCAUUUACUGGAAGGAUUGGAGAUCUCUUUGCGCUGUAAAGUUUCUACGUUUAGAAGAAUUUAUCGAUGACGUGAGACACGGAAUGGCUCUUCAGUUAGAGCCGCAGGGUCUUCUUUUUGCCGAGAUUAAAUUCCUGAACCCUAUGAUUUCGAGAAAGCCUAAACUGCAACGUCAGCGCAAAAUUUUUAAGCAACAAGUGAAGAACUUCCCGCGAGCCAAUCAGAUGAACAUUAACGUAGCUACUUGGGGUAGACUUUUGAAACGAUCAGCCCCUUCGUUACACAAUACGAGAAACUCGGAAAGUCCGCCGUCAGGACCACAACCGUUGCAGCUAGUUUUUGAUACGUCACUGGAAGAUAAAUCCGAAACACCUGGAGAAUUGCCUGAUCCGGAUAAAGGAGGUUUGGGAGGAGCAAGGCCUUUAGGAUUAUCAGCUUCGAGCAGUAGUCCUACAUUGCCACGUCCUCCGGAACAUCCUCCACCACCUCCACCUACAAUCACUAAGAAACCCUCAAUGCCAGCUCCACCACCGCCACCGAAACUAGAUCAAGAAUUGCAGAGUGCAUUAAGGGAGUUUGAUUUCCUGCACAACGAGGAAAAGGGGGGCCCUCAGGCCGCAAACUUGAGGCCUCUUGUUACAGAGCCUCGUCCCGUGCUGAUUGCACCACCCUCUCCACGCACACCCUCGCCCCAACCUGUCGUCGAGUUUCCUGAAGAUGAGGUCGUGUAUGAAAUACCCUCUAAGCCUACUCAAUACAGAGACAGUGCCUAUGAAUCUAGAAGACACUCGCAGCUAACUGGAAUGAACAUAGACAACUUUAGACUACUUUCGGUUCUCGGCCGUGGUCAUUUUGGAAAAGUAAUUCUGUCGCAAUACAGAAACACAGGCGAAUACUUUGCGAUUAAAGCGCUGAAGAAAGGAGAUAUCAUAGCAAGAGAUGAAGUGGAGUCGCUACUUUCAGAGAAGAGAAUAUUUGAAGUGGCCAAUGCUACGCGCCAUCCCUUCCUAGUGAACCUGUUUGCCUGUUUCCAAACUGAGGCACACGUGUGUUUUGUGAUGGAGUAUGCAGCUGGGGGAGACCUCAUGAUGCAUAUACAUGCAGAUGUCUUUGGAGAGCCGAGAGCAGUUUUUUAUUCAGCUUGCGUUGUUUUAGGAUUGCAAUAUUUGCAUGAAAGCCGAAUCAUUUACAGAGAUUUGAAACUAGACAAUUUGUUAUUGGAUACAGAGGGUUAUGUGAAGAUCGCAGAUUUCGGUUUGUGUAAAGAGGGAAUGGGUUAUGGCGAUAGAACAGGAACUUUCUGUGGGACACCAGAAUUCUUGGCACCUGAAGUUCUCACUGAAACCUCGUAUACCAGAGCUGUAGAUUGGUGGGGCCUUGGUGUAUUAAUAUUUGAAAUGCUAGUUGGCGAGUCGCCAUUCCCUGGUGACGAUGAAGAAGAAGUAUUUGACUCUAUUGUAAACGACGAAGUUCGUUAUCCACGGUUUGUUUCUUUGGAAGCAAUAGCAAUAAUGCGAAGGUUGCUAAGGAAAAAUCCCGAUAGAAGAUUGGGUAGUAGCGAGAGAGAUGCUGAAGAUGUUAAAAAACAAGCAUUCUUUAGGCAUAUAGUUUGGGAUGAUUUACUCUUGAGACGCGUGAAACCACCGUUUGUUCCCGUAAUUCAUUCGGUGGAAGAUGUCAGUAAUUUUGAUGAAGAAUUCACAUCGGAGAAGCCCCAGUUAACGCCGCCUAAAGAUCCUAGACCACUUAACGAUUUAGAACAAAGUCUGUUUAAAGAUUUUACGUAUAUGGCUGACUGGUGCUAGCCAUAAUGAUAAUGUUGAUCGUCUUUUUUGUUAAAUUUGAUACGCAAAAUCGUCUAGCGUUCUAUUAUUAUCUUUUCAGAGAUCAUUUUAGGGGCAAUCGCAUCGCAAUUAAUAA